AUGGCACCACCUGCAAUCUAUCCCAGCCUGCAAGACAAGACAGUCGUCAUCUCCGGCGGCGCAGAGGGAAUCGGCGCCGCAACAGUCGAAGCCUUCGCCCUGCAAGGCAGCAAAGUCAUCUUCCUGGACAUUUCCAACGACGCCGCGCAAAAGACAAUCGACCAUGUCGUUUCACGAACUAAGGAGGCCGAGUCUCGAGCUGGUCCUGCGAUAAAGGCCCCGGUAUUCUACUACUGCGACUUGAGCAGUCUCUCUGAAGUGCAAUCAACGGCGGCAAAAAUUCUGGAAGAGCAUGGGCCGGUCCAUGUCCUCGUCAAUAAUGCCGCCGCGGCAGGCAGCGUCGCACGACUGGGUUCGCAGGAUGUCACGGCUGAAGCUUGGGAUUUCAGUAUGAAUACGAAUCUGCGACAUGUCUUCUUCCUGACGCAGGCGUUUGUGCCCGGGAUGAAGAGUCUGGGUGGUGGGAGCAUCGUCAAUAUGGGGUCCAUCACAUGGCGUAUUCCAGCUGCUGGUACUCCGGUUUAUGGGGCCUGCAAAGCAGCUAUUAUGGGCCUGACGCGUACCCAGAGUCAGGAAUUUGGUGCCGACAAUAUCCGGGUUAACAGCGUCAUGCCUGGUGCGAUUGCGACCGAGAGGCAGAUUCGUGAUGUCCUCACGCCGGAGUACCGUGCGGAAGUCUUCCGCGGACAGGCAUUGCAGCGAGAUUUGGUUCCGAUGGAUGUUGCAAAGGUGAUUGUGUUUUUGGGAAGCGAUGAAGCGAGUGGAGUGACUGGCAGUUCGUAUGUUGUUGAUGGUGGCUGGGUUGGUGAUCCUUGA